UAGUUUGCGUGGGGAAACUUAUUAGACAAAUUGAACGUAAGGCUUAAAGUAUGUUUCGGGGGGCUUAUAAGAUUCUUACUCUUUUUAAGACGAGGGAUACCCUGUUUUCAUGCAAGGGACGCCCGUUCAGCGAUCUUUUUGACAAGGGAGGCAGAGGCAGCGGCGGUAUCGACACGUAUCAUGUUAAACAUUUGCAGGGCAACAAGGGGAAAGAGGCGAGGAUCAUGGAACUUGCCGCACAAAUAGAGUCACUGGAAAUGCAAAUCAAAGCCCUUGAGAAAAGUAAGUCAUCUGAGGCACAGACUGCAAAGGGCGAACUUAUAUUAGUCCUCAAAGAGCUGAAGAAAGCCCUCCGAAACAUACGAAUGAAUAAAUAGAACUACUCAAUAGAAUUAAUAAAAUUAUAGGUAAUAGAAAUGAAUAGAUUAAUUAAUAGAACUACUUAA